AGUAACAGUAGUGGCAGUAGUAGUAGUAGUAGUAGCAGUAGUGGUAACAGUAGUAGUAACAGUAAUGGCAGUAGUCGUAACAGUAGUAGUAACAGUAGUAGUAGUAGUAGUAGUAGUAGUAGUAGUAGUAACAGUAGCAGUAACAGUAGUGGCAGUAGUAGUAGUAGUAGUAGCAGUAGUAGUAACAGCAGUAAUAACAGUAGCGGCAGUAGUAGUAGUAGCAGUAGUGAUAACAGUAGUAGUAACAGUAAUGGCAGUAGUCGUAACAGUAGUAGUAACAGUAGUAGUAGUAGUAGUAGUAGUAGUAGUAACAGUAGCAGUAACAGUAGUAGUAACAGUAGUGGCAGUAGUAGUAGUAGCAGUAGCAGUAGUGGUAACAGUAGUAGUAACAGUAAUGACAGUAGUCGUAACAGUAGUAGUAACAGUAGUAGUAGUAACAGUAGCAGUAACAUUAGUAGUAACAGUAGUGGCAGUAGCAGUAGAAGUAACAGUAGAAGUAGUAGUAGUAACAGUAGCAGUAACAGUAGUAGUAACAGUAGCGGCAGUAGUAGUAGUAACAGUAGUAGUAACAGUAAUGGCAGUAGUCGUAACAGUAGUAGUAACAGUAUAAGUAGCAGUAGUAGUAGUAGUAGUAACAGUAGCAGUAACAGUAGUAGUAACAGUAGUAGUAACAGCAGUAAUAACAGUAGCGGCAGUAGUAGUAGUAGCAGUAGUGAGAGGAGCAGAGAGGCCAAACAGAGGCAGAUACAGGCCAGGGGACAGCAGCAGCAUUAG